AUGCAGUACCCCAGACCACCGCACGGGGCGCUGCCGGUCCCCAGAGCAGCUCUCCUCUCCGGAUGUUUGCGCCGAGGAGGACGGAAAUGCUCCAAACGCUAUUUUCCUGCAAGUGUGCGGAUCUGUCCCACUGGUCCCACCGCCACAGCAAACAGAUCCACAGUGCGUGUCACCGCCCACACCAGUGCUGGGGCUGAAGUUGCAGACAUGCCUUCAUCCCCAGAAAGCGGCUCGCCCGCUGGCCCACCCUGCACCCCGCCCUCUGCCAAACGUCCCCGCCGCUCCGAGCCCUGGCCAGAGGAGGUUGUGGAUAACUCGUUUGGCCUAUACUCCCUGCACCACAUGUUUGACAUUGUGGGCUCCCAACUCACGCACCGUGAUGUGCGCGUGCUCUCCUUCCUGUUUGUGGACGUGAUUGACGAGUAUGAGCGUGGUGGCAUCAGGUGUGGACGGGACUUCCUGCUUGCUCUGGAGCGCCAGGGCCGCUGUGAUGAGUCUAACUUCAGACAUGUGCUGCAGCUGCUGAGAAUCAUCACUCGCCAUGACCUGCUGCCCUACGUGAGCCUGAGGAAACGGCAGGCCGUGCGCCCUGACCCUGUGGACAAGUAUUUGGAGGAUUCGUCCAAAGGCAGUGUGCAGAGCCGCAGCCCGUCCAGUCACAGGAAAGCAGCCCCCCAGCCGCUGAUCUGCUGCCCCCCUGCAGGACCACAGGUGGGGGUGGGUAAGCCGGCCCGGGCCUCCCCCACACAUAAACGUAAAAGGAACCACUGCGUGUCUGACUGCAAAGAGAAGCAGACCUGUGACAUCCGGCUGCGUGUGCGAGCGGAGUACUGCCAGCACGAGUCAGCGCUGCAGGGGAACGUCUUCUCCAACAAACAGGAGGCUGUGGAGCGGCAGUUUGAGCGCUUCAACCAGGCCAACACCAUCCUCAAGUCCAGAGACCUGGGCUCCAUCAUCUGUGACAUCAAAUUCUCUGAGCUCACCUACCUGGAUGCCUUCUGGAGAGACUACAUCAAUGGCUCUCUACUGGAGGCUCUCAAAGGAGUCUUCAUCACCGAUUCUCUCAAACAGGCGGUCGGCCACGAAGCUAUCAAGCUGCUGGUCAAUGUGGACGAGGAGGAUUACCAGGCCGGCCGCCGCAAACUGCUGGGGAACCUAGUGACGGGAGAACAGUGCGCUUCCCGGUGGUAG